UGAACGCACCUCUUCACAACCCGGAUGUUGUGCUUUACAACGACCUGAAGAAAAUAAACAUCAUCCAGACUUCAACAUGAAUUAGCUCGUAUUAUUAAUCAAAGAAUAACGAGCGUGACACUUUCCCUGAGUGCUAUCUAGUCUUUAAUUUGAAAUAAAUUUAAUUCUCAUUCCUCGCUUAAGCUAUUUCAAAUUAAACAUGAAGGGAGAUGCUGCAGCCUAAAAAACAAACAUAAACAGUCUUAAUUGUUAACAUUUAACAUUGGUGAGUGGUCUCCUGCGGCAGGAUGCCUGGCGGGUCGUUCCCCUUCGUGGAGGACAGUUUCAGCCGCUUCCCGUCGCAGAGUAACAUCUACGGCCUGAGUCAGGCCGGGGAGCAGGAGCUGCUGGCGGCCACUCUCAAAGGGAAGGUGGUGUGUUUCAGGUACCAGGAGCUGCAGCAGAAGAUCCGACCCGUGGCCAAGGAGGUCCAGUUCACCUACAUCCCAGUUGAUGCAGAGAUUGUAUCAAUUGACGCCUUCAACAAGUCUACACCCAAAAGAGGCCUGGUGGUGGGAAUCACAUUUGUAAAGGACUCUGGGGACAAGGCCACGCCGUUCCUCAACAUCUACUGUGACUACGAGCCGGGCUCAGAGUUCAACCUGGAGUCCAUUGCACAGAGCUGCCUGAAUCUGGAGUUGCAGUUCACGCCGUUCCAUCUCUACCACACAGAAGUGCAGUGUGACGACGGAGGCAGAGAGACGGUGUUUCUGCUCAGCGGUCACGACCAGAGGAUCCACCUGUACAAAGAGAACGCCUCCCUGCACCAGUUUGAGGAGCAGCCAGUGGAGAGACUCUUCCCUGAACUACAACACCUGCCCAGCAAUGUGCUGUGGUUGGACAUGCUGAGCAUCGCGGGUGGUCGGCGCCUCUCGGCGUUUGGCUGUCAGAACGGCUGCGUCGGACUGGCUCUGGUCAACCAGACAGGACCAGAGGUUCUGAAGAGCUGGCACUUCCAGUUUGACAGUCCAAUCUCUUCCCUGCUGCUGUUCCAUCUGAGCUGCCAGGCUGAGCCCGACCGUCCCAGCGCAGACAAAGGUGUGGAAAUGGAGGGCUACAAUCUCCUGGUAACCAGUACCAUAGAGAUGGCAGUUGUCUACAGAAAUGUCCAGGAGCAAGGCCUGUCUCACCCGACGUGCCUUUCAGAAAGCGACCAGUGGGAUGCAGUGCUCUGCUCGCUGGCCAUUGACCUGGAUUUUGACGGGCAGAAGGAGGUGCUGUUGGGAACAUAUGGGCAGGAACUUCUUUGUUACAAAUUCCAGCCAGCAGAGAGAGAACGAGACAGACAGUUUCAGCUGCAGUGGAGGCGGAGCUUCAAGAGUCCUCUGCUGUCCAUUACCUACUUAGACUUGACUGGGGACGGUUUGAGAGAGCUGGCCGUCCUCACGCUGAAGGGGCUGCAUAUCCUACAGCACUCUCUCACCAGCACAGCCAAUCUGGUCCUCGAGCGGCUCGCCCUCAGGGUGUCAGCACUCAUGGCUGGCCCCGAGCUGGAGUCGGGCAAAGAGCAGGACGCGUCUGCUGAGAAAGCGCAGUGUGCAUCGCACACACCAGCCACACAAGAAAACUCAAGUGCUCCCCCGUGAAAGUCCUGAUGGAUCAGACUAAAGUGCUGCUUUUACAGGUGAAACGUGAAGGUGUUUCUCAGUAUUCCUCAACAGUUCCAUUUACAGACACUAGCAUCCUAUUUGCUGCCCUACAACAGCCCCACUGUGCUCCAUGGUCCAACACGAUGAGGUGCUGUGGAUUGUGUUUUAGUCUUCUGCAGAUAAUAAAUCCCAUUUGGGUCUGUACACUC